AAUCUCAACCAAUCAUCUGAUAUGCCCAAAAGAACACAGUACAUUCUCUAUACCCAGGAGAGAUCUCUGUGCCUAUUUGUUCGAAUAACCCAAAAUUUGGGAGUCCAUGGUAGUUCUAAGCUUUCAAGCGGUGGGGUUUCCAGCACCCAAUGGUCCUCAUCAAUGCCAAAACUGUUCGGUGCUUCGAAGAAGACAGAGCGGCGGAAUUAGAGUCGGUAAUACUAAUAUCCGGUGCGGAAUAGCGGAGCCGUCGGGGGAGCCAGCGCCGGUGGGGCAGAAGACGCAGUACAGAGACGGGGUGUUUGAGAGGGCGUUCAUGACUCUGUUCGCUCGGAAGAUGGAGAGGUUUGGGAAAGCAGGGGCUGAUGAUCAGAAGAAGAAGAAGAAGAAGAAGAAGAAUGGAUGGGGAAAUUGGGGAUGGUGGGAUGAGUAUGAGUACGAGAGUUUUGUUGAAGUGUCGAAGAGAGUGAUGCAGGGGAGGUCUCGUUUGCAGCAGCAGCAAGUGGUGACGGAGGUCCUCUUGUCCAUGCUUCCCCCUGGCGCUCCUGCUCAGUUUAGAAAACUCUUUCCACCAACGAAGUGGGCUGCAGAAUUCAAUGCUGCACUAACAGUGCCUUUCUUCCACUGGUUAGUUGGGCCUUCAGAGGUUGUGGAAGUUGAGGUAGAUGGAGUGAAGCAAAGAAGUGGAGUGCAUAUAAAGAAAUGCAGCAUUGUCACUUUCAUACUUCAUUCUUGCAAAUCUAUGUACAGCAUCAGUUGCCAUUUAUAUCACUGCCCAAGUACUUAUUUUUGUUUUUUUGUUUUGUUUCAUUUAUUUAUUUUUUCAUUUUUUGACAAAUUUUUUCAAUCAAGGUACCUGGAGAACAGUGGGUGUGUUGGAAUGUGUGUGAACAUGUGCAAAAUUCCUACCCAAGAUUUCUUCACAAAUGAAUUUGGGCUUCCUUUGACCAUGAUUCCAAAUUUUGAGGAUAUGAGUUGUGACAUGGUGUAUGGCCAAGUGCCACCCAGGUUCGAGGAGGAUCCAGUGUCCAAACAGCCUUGUCUUGCAGAUGUUUGCUCCAUGGCAAACCCUAGCUCCAGUAUCUGCCCUAAACUACAAGCUUGAGAAGAUCCCUGCUCAAUAUUCUUUUACAACAUGACAAAGAGGCACAAAUGUGAUCGUUUUUUCCUUACCUACAGAUUAAUAUUCCAUGUCAUCACGCCUGUACAUAUGACAUACUAUGCGAAAAAUUUUGGAAAGUGAACUUCUAGGAAGUACUGUUAAAACUACACUGUCAAUACCAUUGGUUACAUCCGUCUUUA